AUGUCAAAAGUGGUACGAAAUGAUAGUUCAGAUGAUGACGAUAUACUUUAUUCGAUUAAUUCUGAUAUAAGUGAUGUUCACGAUGAUGGUGACGAAGAAGAUGAUGAAACCGAUGAAUCAUCUGAGGGUGAGGGUAUCGAAGUCAAUGCAAGUCAAGAUGAAUCGUGGUCAGGUAAACGAUUUAAGUCUAAUCUACCAAUUUAUAAUGGCGAACUCCAAUUAUCAAGCAGUUUUCGAUCAGAAUUACCUCGAAGUCCAUCACCAAUAGAUUAUUUUCGAUUAUUCCUCACACCAGAGUUAGUUUCAUAUAUCGUAGAUCAAUCUAAUUUAUAUAGAAUUCAAACAAAUCGAACCAAACAAAGUCCAAUGAACGAAACUGAUUUAUAUUGUUUGCUCGGUUUUCUUUUUUAUUCAUCGGUAGUACCUUUAUCAAAUAAACGUGACUAUUGGUCGUCUUUUAGCCGGAAACCGAUUAUUGCAAAUGUUAUUACUCGUGAGCGAUUAUUUUAUCUUUUAUCAAUACUUCAUUUCCAUGAUAAUUCGGUGGAAAAAAUGCAAAGCCGAAAAAGUUGA